GACCCAGCUCCCUCCCCAUUGUCUCAUCUCUAGAACAGCCUCCUCUAGGAAUCCCUACUCCUAUUCCAGGCUGAGUCCUUGGGGGAAACACUGACCUAUCUGGACCAUUUGGAUCCCAGGCAGUAGAGAGGGGUGGAGCUCCUGGGGAAGCCUAUCUUUGAGCACCAGGACAGGACCUUCCUGAGAGACCUGAAAGGGAAACAGUCUCUGUCCAGCCUCUUUGAGGACAGAGGUAUCGGUAGCCACUUGAAAUAUUUCUGGAGCAAUUUAGGACCAGUUUCACUCCCCCUUCUGAAGCAGGAUUAUGAGGACAGAUUCCCAAAGAGUGAAUAAAUGAAUAAUAAAAUUGGCACAGUUUCCCCUGCUGACCUUCACAAAGUGCAGCAGGGAAGAUAAUCCUCUGUGAGAGUUCCUCUGCUUGUCUUCAAAGUGCAGCAGGACAGAUCAGUGAAGAAAAGACUAGGCCAUAGACAGGUGUUGAUUCCUCUAGGCAUGCACCUCCCCCCACUUAACACACAUGCAAAGGGAAUUCUUCCUGCUUGCAGGAGGAAGGCCAGCAGAUGAAAUCAGAGUUAGAAAAUCAAAGAGUAAAAUAAAUUUAAACAAACAAAUAACACAGCAGAAGAUAGACACUGUUAGACAAUAGAGUACUGAGUAUUGUGAAACAAUGCAUAGGAGGUCUGCAGCUUCUUACCCAAGAAAAGCUGUAGCCAUAUACUCUUCCUUAUGCACUCUGGGAAGAUGUACUGAAGGGACAGGGAUUUCUGGCCACACCAAAAAGACUGGGAAAGUAUCAUGCUGUCAUUCCCAGCUGCUGCUGUGCAUCACCAUGCCCUAAUAUCCAGGUUAUUGUUUUCAACCUCUGUUGCAGGUUGCCAUGUCUCUCGUCAUUACUUCCAUCACUUCCCACCAGACACAUGGGCUAUGGGGUGAAGGAAGAGACAGCAGCCCAGAUGUGAAAGAAACAGUGGGCAGUGUGAGGCCUCUUGACUCACCAUUUAUUUUUUUUCUGCCCUGGCCUCCAUUUUAUAAGGCCAGAAGAUUCCUCAAUGUUCACUAGUCAAUAUUUAACCUGGGUUUGGUGUCAGAGAUAAAUGUGGCUGUUUUCCCUUGUGGUGAGGGAUUCAGUGUUUUGAACUCACAGAGAUUUUUACUUGAAAGAAUGGCCUCUUCACUAUACAGGCUCUUUACAGCCAGCCAAGUUCAGUCAGGCAUCAUCUCAUCGCAGCCUUCUUUGGGCAUGAAAACUUUUAGGUGGCAUCAGAUGAACAAAAAUAAAACAAAUAUGAACUGUCAUCUGACAUGCUGAGUGUCUCCCUAUGCUUUCACAAGCAACACUAACAAAAGUGGAGAUUAUUGCAACCUAAAAAUUGCUUGGCCUAAGGGCUUCUCCCUGGAAAGAAGAAAAAGGGAGAGAAAAGGGGUUCAUAUUGGUUUCAUGCAUGUAUAUGGGGCUUUGGACCUUGGGAUUAGAUGCUCAGACAAAUCAGUUUCCAGCUAUUUUAGUGAUACUGUGGUUCUCAGAUCUGGUUAACAUAGCAUUGGAUCUUUAGAUGUCCCUAUCUCACAGAAGAGAUCUGCUGUUGCAAAACCAAUCCUUCCUCUGGGACCGGACAGGUUUAAAAUGAAUACUUGGAUGAGGUGACUUAUUGCUGUCAUGGACUCCAAAAGAGAAGGAAACAAAUAGAACUUAAACUGUGGACUGUGCACCAGUCAGUAGAAUAACUACCAUGUUAAAUAAGUGAAACAUAUCCUUGAGUGGCCAUAGCCUGGAGCGUUUUAUUGUGAGAGCGUGAGCAUCCCAGCAAAAAGGUCAAGGCUCUGUAGUAUAAUGUUCUCAGCGUAUUCAAUAAAAGGCAGUUUUUUACACAUCCCAACAUUAAAUCUCUCUUUAGGGCAUCAACCUUGCCCUAACCUCACACAGUCACAGAGUACAACCUUGGCAUGUUGUCCUGCUCCUUACAGCAUCGCCCAGAUUGAAACCUUGCAGGAAGGGUUGUUACACUGCCUGUCCAUUAGAGUAGACCUCCAGAUAGCUACUAUCUUCAAUCAGAUGAAUUUUUUUUUUUAAAUAAAUUGAGAGCUUUUAAACUGAUAUUUAUUAUUGUAAUUUUAAUUCAGACAGCUGUCAUAGCAUCCAUUCCUUAAAUAAAUUCAAGAAUAUUCCUCCUUCAGUUAAUCAUCAAAGUCCAGUCCUUAGGAACGUUGACAAUCUCAGGACAGAGUAGUCAUGUCUCUGCUAUUGAUAUCUGCUAGACUUCACCAUAUUCUGAAUAUUUGCUCAUCCAGACUUAUCCAAUGCAUUUUCUUUCUUUGGGCAGAAAUUUUAUCCACAUCUUAGUGCCCAAGGAAAGAUGGAGGCAAUAUUUAUAUAAUUUACCUUGUUUGGAUGUCCAUUUUUAAAGCAUUUUCCUGCUUCCCAUUGUGGUGGGACACUGUUAUGAAAAUCCCGUUCUAAUGGAUCUGUGGAUCUAUGCACCAAGUAUAAGAAAAUGUAUCAAUGUUUACUUGAAAAUUUUCUUUUCUUUAAGUAAUAAGGUCCACAGAUCUGGCCCACCAUGGAGACAAGUGGAUCAUAAAGAACAGAGAUGGAAAUUGACAUCCAAGGAUUUGGGGUUGUUGCUAUUGGUUAGUAUUUACCUAGCUUUGCAGUAGGAGAAAUUGUGUUUUUCCUCAAAGUAUAUUUAGCACAAUCUGUAAAUGUAAGUAGGUUUGAAAUAUCCUGGCUGUGGAAGUUAUCUGAACUGGAGGGAACUUCAGGAAGUAGCACAUUCCCAGGCUGCUCAUGACUGAUAGGUGUGGUUCUAACUCCAAGCAGGCUGAAGUACCCAUUGUAAAGGAUCUGUGGAUCUUAUUAUUUUAAAAAGGAAAUUUUCAAGUAAGCACAGAUAAAUUUUCGUAUUCCAUCGAAAUAGUGGAACAGCAACAGUGUAGGCUUCAUCCACUGCUUCUCAAUAGUGUUAUGGAGAGGGACCAGCUUCAGGAGUAGAGUAUAGGUUAAUUGAUUAAUUGGCCGUUUGUUUAAAACUGCCAACUAUGGUAAUUGUGGUGGAUUUUCUGAUAUAGACACUUAUUCACUUGGAAUGAGACUGUAACUCAUUUGGUGGCUAAUCUCUUCCUGGUAAUGGACAACAGUUGUUUGACUAUUCUGAUCCUUUAAAAUCUGUCAGCAAUCUUUGAUACUGAGGCCACGUCUACACUACCCGUGUAGUGAUCGAUUUAUCGGGGAUUGAUUUAUCACAUCUAGUGUAGAAACGAUAAAUCGAUCCCCGAUUGCUCUGCCGUCGACUCCGGAACUCCACCAGGGCAAGAGGCGGAAGCAGAGUUGACGGGGGAGCGGCGGCUGUCGAUCCCGUGCCGCGAGGACGCGAACAAAGCAAGCUAUGGAACAGGGAAGAUCUCCAGUUAUAAUAGACAACACUAAUACUCAAGCCUGGGAAAUGAAGCCGUAUGUGGAAACGGCUCUAGGGAAAGGCUACAGAGUGGAAUUCCAUGAGCCAGACACAUGGUGGAAGUUUGAUCCUGAGGAGUUAGAAAAGAGGAAUAAACACGGGGUCCCUCGUGAGAAGAUUGCUCAGAUGUUGGAACGAUAUGAAUAUCAAAUGUCCAUCUCUGUUGUAAUGAAUUCAGUGGAACCUCCUCACAAAAACACACAAAGGCCACCUCCACAGCGAAGACAGAGGGAAACAGACAUUAAGAAGAAACCUGGGCACAGACUGAGCAAAGCUAAACAGAGGAAAAAGCGAAAAAGAAACAGAAAAAUGAAGCAUGAUCAUGUUAAAAUCACAGAGAAAAAAUCAGAUGGAGCCCCUUGUCAUCUAAUUCCAGAUGACCAGGAAACAUCAGAGAGUGAAGAGGAAGAUUCAGAAGAAGAAAAAAGAAAAUCAGUAUUUACAUUUAAUGGAGAUCCAGGAGACGAAGGUUGUGAAGGUCGUUCCAAUAGUGACUAUAAUGAAAGCCCAAAAUCUACAAAGCAUCAAACAGGAAGUUUACCUAUUGCUGUGUCUGAGACUUCAGCAAUGUUAGCUAGUCCAGUGAAAAGUGACUUGUUUACAGAAGAUGAUGGUCCAUUUCUAAUAAAUUUGACAUCUGCUCCUAAUAAAAACAUAAUUGAAUUUGAACACACACUUGAUGAUCAACACGGCUGCUACUCUGAAACUGAUGAUCAGGUGGUUGCUCAUAACCAAAAUAAAAACCUUAAGGAAAAUGAGACCAAUUCCUUAGAUACAAAUGAUCACAGUUCUGUUCUAGACACAGAAUAUAACAGUAAAGAAAAUAGUGCUAUGAUGUUAAACAAUCAAGAUAAACUUACAUCAGAUCAAACUGCAUGUGAACCUGACCUAGAAAGUAAAUUGUUAAAUGUAAGUAAUGGAAAAAAAGAAACCCUGUCUCUCCAGCAUGAUUUGAAAACAUCUGAAAUUUGUGUUGUCUUGCCUGAUAAAACCAUGAAAGACAGACAGACAUCAAAAAGGAAUGAGAAAAAUCCUUGGGCUUUUUUUUCAAUUGAUUUAACUGAUAUACAAUUGCAGCUUGGCUCUGAUAGGCCGGGUUCUUGUUCUUGGCCUGAGGGUGCCCAUAAAUUCAUAUGUGAGCAAAGACCAAAAAGAGUGAGGCGGCUCAAACAGGCCUAUCCUGACAGCACAGUAGAACAAACUCAUGAAUCUAAUGAAGAAUUAGAAAAAGAAACCAGUCUGCAAACAUUAAAUGAAGAGAGUGGCAGUGUAACACCUGGUGGUCUACCGUCAUCAUUGAUUGACAAAGUACAUAAUAUUUCAUUUAUAGAGUCGGGAGUCACUGUUUCAAACUGCUUAACUGAAAUAAAUGUUCCAAGCAAUGUAGGUACACCAGUUCCAUCGAAGAAAAAAGGAAGAUGCAAAAGGAUUUUCAACUUGGCACCAAACUUUCAUCUACCAAGGCAGAUUACUGUUAGUACAAAGGAGGGACGCAAGAAUGCUCUAUUAAUGGAUGAUAACCUAUCAGAAAAUGUUUUGAAAACAGAACAAGAAAGAAUUUCAAAUAAGGACAAUGGAAAGAGGAAUGAGCAACACCUUGAAUUUCAAGAACAUCUAGCACCUUCUAAUAAUAAUGUGACAGAUUCUUCACUUAACCAUGGUGUGGGAUCUCUCUUAUAUAAUAAUCAGUUGGGACAAUCUCUGUGUCUUUCAAAGAAAGCUGUUUCUUCUCCAGUUCAGAAGUUUCCCUCUAGCUUUUGUAUAGUUUCUUCAACAAGUAGGGAACAAAUUACAACUUUUAAACAAGAAAAAAUACUUGAUAAAAAAGAGGGUGAGGGAGAACAGUUCUCUUCAGCGCUUACAAAUAGUCAACCAGAUAUUUUGUGUUCUGUUAAAGUAACAUCUGACUGUCCUACAUACCCUAAUGUAUUUGAAAGCUGUGGUGAAGAUAUACACAAAGCAGAUGAAAGUAAGCCAUCACAGACCUCACAAAUUGAAGCUAAUCAAGAUACUUUAAAUACUAAAUCCCACUUUUUGGGUCUUCCGUUAUCAUUGGGAUUUGCAUUUCAACUUGUAGACCUUUUUGGUUCUCCUGGAUUUCCACUGGAGUCUUUACUGCCAGAUGAUUACAUAGUUCCUCUUGAUUGGAAAACAUCAAAGCAGAUCCAUUUACUAUGGAAGACAUCUGUGGAGAGGAAACAGAAAAAGAAUGGAUUACAGAAUGGGAAUUCCUUGGCUGUUGGUGCCAAAACUGUGGAGAAUACAAAUAAAGAUUGCCAAAAGAGUCAAGAAUCUUCUGAAACCCUUCCAGAAACAAACCUAUAUCAACAUGUAGUAGAAGAGAACUCCGUGACUUAUCCAGACAACAAGCACUUGUAUAACAUAUCAACCAAUCUUGAAUGUCAUCUUAAACAGAAAAAGUCAACAUGAAGAUAAAGAAAUUUGUCAAGCGUGGCACCAUCAUGGAAGGACCUCAGUUUACAAUCAAGUGUUAUAAAUGUAAGGAAGAACCUGGGAGAAGUAUUCACUGUAGAAUUUGGUGCUGAAUCCAAGACCCUCAGUAAUCCUUAGGCUUAUAUCCACAUAGCCACCCAUUCUGGUUUUGAAAUAAAAAAACUGUAAUAAUUUUUGAUUGUCAAAUGGCCACUUUCAGAAGUCACUUGAUAUCCAUGCUUCUUUUACUCAUCCUUCUAUGGCACAGAGAGACUGAAAAUAAAGGAGAUUGUUUUUCCGAA